AUAAAAUCGUAGAUAGCAGUAUCACAUUUAAGUAAGGAUAACUGAUCCGUUCGUACAUGCUUAGUUUCCAGUCUGCUCUGACAUAUCAGCUAGUCGAGUAGAAGAAUCCAGUCCAAAUUAAAAAUGACUUCAACUGUUCGUAAGAUCGUUAGCAGUGCAAAAUUGCCAAAGAACACUUAUCCUUACAGUCAAGGAGUGCUGGUCGACAAAACGUUGUACAUUGCUGGGCAGAUUGGGUGGGAUUGCAAUGCAAAGGUCACCGAGGGCGUUGGAGCUCAGACGAAGCUAGCCUUAGAAAAUAUGGGGCAUGUCCUCGCUGCUGUGGGAGCCACGCAUAAAAAUGUCGUGAAGGUUACCGUGCUAUUAAAGGACAUUAAUGAUUUUGACGAGAUGAAUGAAGUAUACGCUACGUUCUUCACGCAAAAUUAUCCGGCCCGAGCUGCUUAUGCAGUGGCAGAUUUGCCAGUCGGAGCACUGAUUGAAAUCGAAGCUGUUGCCAUUCUCGGUGACAUUGUGGACUGCAAGUUGUAAAUUUUAUGGGUGCAGGAAGUGAUAAAUUCUUCUCAAAAUAGUGGAAAAACCGUUAAUUGAAUUUUUUAAAAUGCAUUAGAUACAAUAAAAUUUGUUGCUCCUAUGAA